AUGGCUGCAAAAGAUGCAAAAAUUUUGCUGCAAAGUGAAGAGGCAAAACGAUUUAUUAAUUCGUGUGAUGCAUUUAUUUUYGACCUGGAUGGUGUGAUAUGGCUGCUGGACGACCCGAUAUCUGGUGCAGCUGAGUUGGUUAACUGUUUGAGACAACUGGGAAAGAAAGUGUUCUUCAUCACAAAUUGUAACACAGUUUCAAGAGAUAAUUUUCUAAAAAGGUUUAAARAGUAUGGCAUGGAAGCUGAUAAAUCUGAAGUGUAUACAGCAGCAUUUGCAGCUGCAUACUACCUGAAGCACAUUAUAAAGUUUGACAAGAAAGUUUACAUGGUUGGUGGAAGAGGCUUAUCUGAAGAACUUGAUGAAAUUGGAAUACCAAACAUUGGAUUUGGUCCUGAUGAGAUAUGUGAUCCAGAAGAAAGAUAUAAUGAAGAUUUUGAACUAGAUCCAGAGGUUGGUGGGGUGGUCAGUGGAUAUGACCAUUUGAUAAGUAUCAAAAAACUCAUCAAAGCGACAAGUUAUCUGGUGAGAGAUGAGUCCUGUGUGUUUGUUGCAACCAACCCUGAUGAUAGGAUGCCUGUUCCAGCCCAUAAGAACAUCACAGCACCAGGUACAGGCUGCUUUGCUGCUUUCCUGGAAAAGGCUUGUAGAAGAAGCCCAGUUUAUGCAGGGAAACCUUCAUGUAUCUUGUUUGACUGCAUUGUUAAAGAACAUGGCAUUGAUCCUUCCAGGACUUGUAUGGUUGGGGACACGCUUAGUACUGACAUUCUCUUUGGAAACAAAUGUGGUACCAAGACUUUGCUGGUUUUCACAGGAAACACAACUCCUGAAAUUCUUGACUCGGUCAUAACAGACCCCACUAAAAAACAGUUUAUCCCAGACUAUGCUAUACAAUCAAUUGGACAAUUAUUACCACCUGCUAAAGAGCUUCUUCAGCAAUCUCAAUGA